AUGGAUAAUCCGACCAACGCCACCACUACCUCCACGCGGGACAAAGAAAAGGAACACCAAGAAACACGAGUGCCGCAGAUUCACGAUGGACCGUCUCCAGCCCAAGCACCACCAACGUCGGACCAAGAAUCAGGCCCAGUGGCCAACACCAACGCCAAUCAUCAUGACCCCACGCUCCGAGGGUUCCGUCUCGUUGCCGUCGCGGUGGGCGUCUGCUUCGGAGCGCUGAUGAUGUCCCUAGACAUCGCCAUCAUAGGCACCGCUCUCCCCUCCAUCAUGUCCGACUUUGGCGACACCACCCAGAUCGCCUGGUACCCGGCCGCCUUCACCCUCGCGACCUGCGCCCUGACGCCCGUGGCCGGCAAGAUGGCCGCCGUCUUCCCCCUCGACCUCGUCUACAGCUCCUUCACCUGCAUCUUCCUCGCCGGCAGCAUCCUCUGCGGCUGUGCCCCCAACAGCACCGCCUUCAUCGCCGGGCGUGCCGUCGCGGGCGUCGGCGCCGCCGGCGUCUCCAGCAACGGGCUCACCAUCCUCGUCACCAUCGCGCCCGCCGGCCGCAAGCCCGCCCUGAUGGGGGCCGGCGCCGCGUGCUUCGCGCUCGGCCUGGUGGUUGCUCCUUUGCUUGGCGGAGCGUUCACCGCCCGCUUGACAUGGAGAUGGUGCUUCUGGAUCAACAUACCGUUCAACCUCCUCACCAUCACCGUGGUGUCAACCUUCUUCCGUCCUCCACAAGGCCGUACUAGCAGCAGCGUGGGCGGCCGCAUCAAAAGCCUCGACUUGGUUGGCUGUUUCCUCUUUGUCCCAAGCGUCUUUAUGUUGCUUCUUGCCCUGGAGUGGGGUGCAGAUCGCAGAUCAUGGAGCGAUCCGACCAUUAUCGGCCUCUUUGUCGGCGCGGGCGUCACCCUCCUUGUCUUUGUCGGCUGGGAAUGGUCGAGAGCUGCCGAUGCCAUGAUACCGGGUAGCGUGGUAGGGCGUAGGACAGUCGCCUUCGCUUGUCUCUUUGCCUCGACCCAGAUGGGCGCCCUUACCAUUGCGUCCUACUACCUCCCGGCCUGGUUCCAGGCCGUCCAGGGCGUUAAUCCGCUCGAUAGCGGCAUUCGCAUGCUGCCGACCGUCCUCACACAAAUAGUCACCACCAUCAUAGCAAGCGGAUUGGCAAGGAGAAUGCGGUACUAUAACCCUUGGUUUUUCUUGUCCGCAGUAUUUCUCUGUAUAUCCAGCGCGCUGUACACCACAUUCACGGCUUUCUCCACGCCCCCAAGUCAAUGGAUCGGAUACCAGGUCAUUCAGGGGUUCAGCGCCGGCUUCGGGAUGCAGAUGAGCUCGCUGGCCGUCCAGCUUGAGCUCAAAGAUAGCCCCGAGCUCCUGCCCGUCGGUAUUGCUCUGGUGAUCUUUGUUCAGUACCUCGGCGCCUCGAUUCUCCAGGUCGUGGCCGGCACCGUCUUCACCAGUGAGCUCAGCUCGCAGCUCAUGCAUGCCGAGCUUGGCCUCUCGCCGUUGCAGCGCAGCCUGCUGUUGUCAGCGGGCCUUGCUCAUAUGCGCGAGGUGACGGCUGCAAAUUUCCCGCAGCUCCUGGACCAUAUCUUGGAAGCAUACAAUGCCGCCAUCACCAGAGUAUUUUUCGUCCCUGUUGCUGCCGCCGGAGCUGGUUUCUUGCUCGCCUUUGGGAUCAAAUGGACGGCUGUCGAGCAGCCACCAAAAAGCAGCACAGGUGCUGGUGCCGAGAGCCUUGCUGGCGAUGCAACUCUUGAUUCUGCCGGGACCCGCGCUGCAGGCCCUCCGUCGCAAGUGCCGGUGCCGCCUGAGGGUCGCAGGAAUGCCUAG